CUCUAACGGGCGAGCCCCGCCGCCGCCGUGCGCUCCCCGAACGCCGCACACACUCCGGCCCGGCUCGUCGCGCCGUCGGCAGUUGGCGAGCCUGCGUGGGGAUCCGUUCCGCAGCUCCCCGCCUUCGCAAUCCGGUCCCUCGACUCGAUCCACGCUGGGAAGAGAGGGGGCCAGACAGAAAGUGUGGACCUCCCGCACCUCGCCGGCUGCCUCGGGGUAACAAAAGGCCCCAAGUUGCUGCAGCGCGAGGACCCCCGGGAGCCGGGCUCAGACGAGGUGCCCGGUGGCGCCCACUCGGGGGCUUCCGACUCGCUCUCCGCGUCGCCCCCCGCGCGCCCCCUCCCCGCUCGGUCCCUCGGAACACCGGUGGCACGGAAGCGCCGGCAGCGGUUCUCGCCAGCGACUCCUCUGUGCAGCGGGCUUCUUGUUUGGCGUGUGCGAUCCCCACACUCAUGAACAUACACAGGUCCACCCCCAUCACAAUAGCGAGAUAUGGGCGAUCGCGGAACAAAACCCAGGAUUUCGAGGAGUUGUCGUCUCUGAGGUCCGCCGAGCCCAACCAGAGUUUCAGCCCGAACCUCGGCUCCCCGAGCCCGCCCGAGACUCCCAACCUGUCGCAUUGCGUUUCCUGCAUCGGGAAAUACUUAUUGUUGGAGCCUCUGGAGGGAGACCACGUUUUCCGCGCCGUGCAUCUGCACAGCGGAGAGGAGCUGGUGUGCAAGGUGUUUGACAUCGGCUGCUACCAGGAGUCCCUGGCUCCGUGCUUUUCCCUCUCUGCACACAGCAACAUCAACCAGAUCACUGAGAUCAUCCUGGGGGAGACCAAAGCCUACGUGUUCUUCGAGCGCAGCUAUGGGGACAUGCACUCCUUCGUGCGCACCUGCAAGAAGCUGAGGGAGGAGGAGGCGGCCAGACUGUUCUACCAGAUCGCCUCGGCUGUGGCCCACUGCCAUGACGGGGGGCUGGUGCUGCGUGACCUCAAGCUGCGGAAAUUCAUCUUCAAGGAUGAGGAAAGGACUCGGGUCAAGCUGGAAAGCCUGGAAGACGCCUACAUUCUGCGGGGAGAUGAUGACUCCCUCUCCGACAAGCAUGGCUGCCCAGCGUACGUGAGCCCCGAGAUCUUGAACACCAGUGGCAGCUACUCGGGCAAAGCCGCUGACGUGUGGAGCUUAGGCGUGAUGCUCUACACCAUGCUGGUAGGGCGCUACCCUUUCCAUGACAUUGAGCCCAGUUCCCUCUUCAGCAAGAUCCGGCGCGGCCAGUUCAACAUUCCCGAGACUCUGUCGCCCAAGGCCAAGUGCCUCAUUCGUAGCAUCCUGCGGCGGGAGCCCUCAGAGCGGCUGACCUCCCAGGAAAUUCUGGACCACCCGUGGUUUUCUACAGAUUUUAGUGUCUCAACUUCAGGAUAUGGUGCUAAGGAGGUGUCGGAUCAGCUGGUGCCGGAUGUCAACAUGGAAGAGAACUUGGACCCUUUUUUUAACUGAGCUCAUGCCCCACAGAGACUGAGCAGGUACCAGGAGCGAGAGAGCGCGCGGUGGGAAGUUCUUCCAGGGAACACACAUCACCUGGCUUGGUGGCAAGAAAGACACUCACACUCACAGGUUUCUUUUUCAAAGAAGGAAGACCUUCAAGAAGCUGACCAAACAUGUAGCAUGGUGGCAAGAGGGAGUUUGGGGGGUGGGCUCCGGGUGGGGUCGGCCACGCGCAUGGCACCCCCAGCAUGUAGCCCCCCCAGACUGGCCGAUCAGUUGGGCACUUCCACUUUCUCCCUUUCCCCACUUUUCAUUUUGUUCAAAAAUAGUCACAGAUCCCGACAGAAUCGAAACUCUGCCUCCAACUCAUAUCUCGGCAUCGCACUGUUAGUAUUUAACUCCUUGUCACAAUUCAGGGAAGGUACAAUUAAUUGGCCAAGGGUUUUCUUUUCUUUUUCUUUUUGAACAAGCCAACCACCUAUCUGAUCACUAAUGGGAUUCACUUAAAAAACAAUUCGGUGCACACAGACUGACAUCAAACCUGGGUGCUAAAUCAAAAAGAAAAGAAAAGUCCAGUUUGUGUCUCUUAAUCACUCUCUUCAACUCAUUUCUUCUCAAUAAACAAUUUAACAGCCUGGUCAGGAAAGACAUGUUCGUGCUUGGCUCCCUGAAGGGGGAAAAAUAAUCUGUUCUUUUAAAAGAGCUCUUCUGUCUCGUGUCCAUUGGGUCACGGCAGGAAGCUACUAGAAGUCAAACUUCCAGAUACAUUACUGCUAUCGCCGUUUCAAGAAGGAGAAAAAGGCAAAAGCAAAAUUCGACGCCUUCUGGAUCUUUUCGCUGGCGUGAGGAGGGCCACGGGGCAGUUGCGCCGUGCUGGGGGGACAUGAGGGUGUGGGCUGGCCCGAAGCUCUUGGAGUCUGAAGCUUUUGCAAAUCUCUGAUCUCCACUAAACAUUUUGUCUUUGUGUUAUUGAAACUAGUGAAACCAAGCAGGUUGUCCCACGUGUAUAAAAUACAGGGCAGCUAUUUAAAGUUUUCUCGAUGAAGAACGAUCCUUCUGGCUUGAGACGCCCUCUGGUUUGGACAAAAAUCCCUCGGUGGAGACAAGGGGGAAGGAUAAGCUGAAAGCUAGGAUGAUAUAAAUAAAAACAGCUCUCUAUCCCAAUUACGCACCUUUGUAUUUUCGAGAACUCUUCUAUUUAUUAAGGAAAAUGUCACAUUGUGAUGUAUUAAGCCAGUACUUCAAUUACGGGUUGACCUGGGAUGGCAUGUUACAUGCUGUGGUUAACAUUUAUAUAUUUUUUUCUUGUUUUUGAGUAUUUCUGUCCCCCAAAUAACUUUUUAUUUGGCUUUUCUAGAUAGCUUUAUUUGAUUUCGAGUGGCAAAUGUUUUUAUUAUGGCUUUUCUAUUGCUGUAUGAUACAGAACCUUCUGGCAUAAACAUUUAUGUUACAGUACCUCAGUUGUUUCGAUUUUCCUGCCUGUAUACGUUUUGUGAAAUGGUCAUGUUUUGGGGUAGCUGACACAUGGACUUUAGUAUGUAAAUGUACUUGAAUCUGUGCUUCUUUAGAGUAUGUGGCAUGUGUGUGCAGACCUUGAAUGCUUACCCUGCUCAGCAGGCCCUGCCCUCACGUUCCCAGAGGGCGGCUUAACCAUUCAGAGUCAGGAGACAAGGCGGCCAUGGAUUUGCCCUUGAUUCUAUUUUGAUAAAGGCAGAGAUGGAGGAGAGAGGUUUUUUUACAUUCUGAAGAUGGUGCUGUGUCACGACGGACCUUUUAUUCUUCCCUCUCCCCUAUUUUUUAAGUGCUGGGCGGGAGGAAAGGUUGACGACAUGCAUGGUGGGAAUCUAUGGCCUCUGGUGCUUUGUCCUGUAUUUGGUUCAAUGUUUUUGUCCUAAUCUCUUCAAUCAAUAAAAUUGUGCGUAUUUA